AUGAAAAAGGUAAUAAUAUCUUUAUUUGUUGUAGUUUUAUUAUGUAUAAAUAGUAUAUGUGCUGGUACAGGUUCUGGCUCAGGAGCUUCAUUAUCUGGUUCUGGUUCUGGUUCAUCAUUCUCAGAUUCAUCAUUAUCAGGUUCAGGUGGUUCAGGUUCAUCAUUCUCAGAUUCAUCAUUAUCAUCAGAAUCAAAUUCUGGAACCACAUCAACAACACCAUCAACAAAUUCACAAUCUUCUUCAGAUUCAGGCUCAAUUAUUUAUCCAAAUGAUGAAAAUAUUUUAUAUUCUGGUAGAUUUGAUACAACUCAAUCAGCUGAUAACUAUUAUGGAUUUUCAUGGAGUGGUUGUCAAAUUUCACUCUCAAUCACUGGCACAACAACUAUUAAACCAAUUUUAGAUUCAGUAGGUGAUAAUUGGUUCGAUGUAAUUGUAAACAAUGCUAUAUUAACACCAUUCAAUGUUAGUUCAGUAGCUCAUCAAGAAUAUGAUAUAAUUGGUUCGACUAAUUUAGAUCCAACUCAAACCUAUUCAAUUGUACUAUCAAAAAGAACUGAAGCCUCCUUUGGUGAGGUUCGUUUCUAUGGCUUUUCAGUUGAUUCAACUGGUAAAACUGUACCACAACAAAAACCAACUCGUAAAAUUGAAUUCAUUGGUGAUUCAAUUACCUGUGGUUAUGGUGAUUUAGGUACUGCACCAUGUAAUUUCCAAGCAAUUACUGAAGAUAAUUACGAUACAUAUGCAUCUAUUACAGCAAGAGAAUUGGAAUGUGAAAUGUUUUUAGAGGCAUGGUCAGGUAGAGGCGUUGUACGUAAUUAUGGUUCACCAACUCCAACUUCAACAAGUGGUACAGUUCCAGAUUUAUAUCCAUACACAAUCCCUACAGAUCCAUCUAUUGAAUGGGAUUUCAAUCAAUAUAUUCCAGAUGCAGUUGUAAUUAAUUUAGGUACCAAUGAUUAUAGUACUCAACCAGUACCAUCACAAGAACAAUUCCAAAAUGGUUAUAUUGAAUUUAUAAAAACAAUUAAAUCAAAUUAUGCUCAAGCUGAACCCGAAAUCUUUUUAAUUUGUGGUCCAAUGAUUGGUAAUCCAUGUUGUGAAUAUGUUGCAAACGUUUCAACAUUGGUUGGUGCUACUUUUAUUGAUGCUCAAAACAUUUUAACUGAGCCAACUGAUUUUGGUUGUAAUGGUCAUCCAUCUAUAAAUGGUCAUAUGAAAUUGGGUGCUGUCAUUAGUCCAAUUAUUCAAAAAGUUAUGGCAUGGUAA